GUCCCGCGGCCGGGCCGUCCCCGAGCCCGCUGUCCCGGGGCGGGGAGGAGCAGCGGUGGGGCCGGAGGGUCGGGGCUCUGCGACCCGUCGCCCCGAGGAAAACCCUGAUGCGCCGGCACCGCUGCCGGAUGCCUCCACUUCUCGCCUGCGAUCUAGGGCUCUUGCUCCCGCGAGGGCCGAGGCGGCUGCCGGACGUCCCAAGGACAGGGCCAUCUGCUUCCCGCAAGUAGUCCCUGAUCUUUGCUGCAGUGGGCCAGACUUGGAGGGGGUCCUCCAGGUCAUCCAGCUGGGGAGUGGCCGCGCUAGCGGGUGAUCUGGGCUUUUAGAUCACCCCUGAUAAUCUCCAACAGCCAUCACCCCUGCCCAGGCGCACAGGUUAAGUACAGACUUCACCUAAUCUAAGGAAAAACAGGACGAUUGCUGUGCAAAUUCGGCUUCCCUACAAAUCCCACAGUCCAACCAGCCUGAAGGCCGUAGAUUUUUGCUGUGAGAGUUACCAGUAACGGUUCAAUAUGGGGGAUAUUCUGGCUCAUGAAUCUGAAUUACUUGGACUGGUGAAAGAGUAUUUAGAUUUUGCUGAAUUUGAAGACACCUUGAAAACAUUUUCAAAAGAGUGCAAAAUAAAAGGAAAACCAUUAUGUAAAACAGCAGGUGGAUCUUUAAGAGAUUCUAAAUCAUUGAUAAUUCAGAAGGAUCUUGUCGCUGCAUUUGACAGUGGAGACCAGAAGAUGUUCUUCAGUUUGUGGGAAGAGCACAUUCCCAGUUCCAUCCGAGAUGGUGACUCCCUUGCCCAGAAGUUGGAAUUCUAUCUUCAUAUCCAUUUUGCCAUCUAUCUUCUGAAACACUCCGUAGGGAGACCGGAUAGAGAGGAGCUGGAGGAAAGGAUUUCUUACUUCAAAACCUACCUGGAGACCAAAGGGGCAGCGCUGAGCCAGACCAUGGAGUUUCUUCCUUUCUACGCCCUACCUUUUGUUCCCAACCCUAUGGUACACCCCUCGUUUAAAGAACUCUUCCAGGAUUCCUGGACUCCAGAGUUGAAGUUGAAGUUGGAAAAGUUUCUAGCUUUAAUAUUUAAAGCUAGCAACACACCAAAGCUUUUAACAAUGUAUAAGGAGAAUGGACAAAGUAACAAAGAAAUGUUGCAGCAGCUCCACCAGCAGCUUGUCGAAGCUGAACGCAGGUCAAUGACAUACCUGAAACGGUACAAUAAGAUCCAGGCGGACUACCACAAUCUCAUUGGUGUCACGGCGGAGCUGGUGGAUUCUCUGGAGGCCACAGUCAGUGGCAAGAUGAUCACUCCCGAGUACCUCCAGAGCGUGUGUAUCCGCCUCUUCAGUAACCAGAUGCGGCAGAGCCUGGCGCACAGCGUGGACUUCACGAGGCCUGGGACGGCUUCCACCAUGUUACGAGCCUCCCUGGCACCUGUGAGAUUGAAGGAUGUCCCAUUACUGCCCUCCCUGGAUUAUGAGAAACUGAAGAAGGAUUUGAUUUGGGGGAGCGAUCGCUUAAAAGCCUUCUUGUUGCAGGCUCUGCGUUGGCGCUUGACCACAUCCCAUCCUGGAGAGCAGAGGGAGACCGUUUUGCAAGCCUACAUCAGCAACGACCUCUUGGACUGUCAUAGCCACAGCCAGAGGAGUGUGCUUCAGCUGCUGCACUCGAAGAGUGAGGUGGUGCGGCAGUACACGGCCAGGCUUGUCAACGCUUUCGCGUCGCUAGCAGAAGGUCGCCUCUACCUUGCGCAGAACACGACGGUGCUGCGGAUGCUGGAGGGAAGGCUGAAGGAGGAGGACAAGGACGUCAUCACCCGGGAGAAUGUCCUUGGAGCCCUGCAGAAGUUCAGCCUCAGGCGCCCGCUGCAGACAGCGAUGAUUCAAGACGGCCUCAUCUUCUGGCUGAUUGAUAUUCUGAAGGAGCCCGAUUGCCUGUCUGACUACACACUGGAGUACUCGGUGGCUUUGCUCAUGAACCUCUGCCUCCGGAGUGCAGGGAAGAACAUGUGUGCCAAGGUGGCAGGCCUCGUGCUCAAAGUCCUUUCAGAUCUGCUUGGCCAUGAGAACCAUGAGAUACAGCCGUAUGUGAAUGGAGCUCUGUACAGCAUCCUUUCUAUUCCAUCCAUUCGUGAGGAAGCAAGAGCAAUGGGAAUGGAAGACAUCCUACGCUGCUUCAUCAAAGAAGGCAAUGCCGAAAUGAUCCGCCAGAUAGAAUUUAUCAUCAAGCAGCUUAAUUCCGAAGAGCUACCAGAUGGUGUUCUUGAAUCUGAUGAUGAUGAAGAUGAAGACGAUGAAGAAGACCAUGACACCAUGGAAGCUGACCUGGACAAAGAUGAACUGAUCCAGCCCCAGCUUGGAGAACUGUCAGGCGAGAAGCUUCUGACCACGGAGUACCUGGGAAUCAUGACCAACACGGGGAAGGUGAGGCGGAAGGGGCUGGCCAGCGUGCAGUGGAGCGUGGACGAGCCCCUGCGCCGGCCCGUCACCCCCGGUGGCCACAGGAACGGGUACCCAGUGUGGGAAGACCAUCUCGCUUCUCGCCAGACGGCCCGACAUGCCGGAAGCGGCUGCCCACAGGCCCUGCGCGGCCCGCGGCGGGCAGUCGGCGGGGAGGGCGAGCCCGGCGCUCCUGAGGCCUGCGCUGCCUCCGCAUCAGCCUUUGACGCCAAGCCCGGAGAGUGGUUGCCAGCGGGACGUCAGGAAGAGCCUCGCCUGCCCCCCACAGGGGCCCCCAGCCAGCCAAGGGAGGUGCCCCAGGACCCCGGCAGUGGAGAGGCCACCAGGGAACUUACAUCGGCCUUCACCUGCAAACCUCGGACACCCCAGACUCCAGAGAUCCUGGACCGGAACCCCCCCAAGGCAAAGCUGUCAGCUCUGGCUCCUCAAUUCUCCUCGUGUGGCCCCCAGCAGGCCAGCCGCCCCAGCUCCAUGGCCUCCUCCACGAGGGGCCUGCACACCUCGCCAAUUGACACCCCUCCCUCCCCUCAGGCAGGGCUGGACCUUUCUAAAGGGCUUUACUGAAAAUGAGGGAAAACAAAAGGACAGAACAAAAGAACGUCAGGCAGCGCAAAAUCAGUCACCCUCAGGAUAUGCGGUUCUGUGACUGCCCCCCCACCUUCCUGACCCUGGCACUCUGGUCAGCUGGGGCCCCGCUGGGCUAGAAGUGUGGGUACAGGCCCCCCUCUUCCCGCUGGGAAACACAGGCCAGGCCCAGAGGAAGUGCGGCGGGUACGGGGAGGGCCCGGAGAGCACCCGGCCAGGGGAGCCCGUAGCCAACAGCGUGACAUGACCCGAGCUGGUGUGGGGAGCUCAGCAAGUGGAGGAUGUCAUGUGUCCUGUGUCACUGAGCGACCCACACCGAGCAGCCUGCUUCCUGUGAGGAAAGAGUGUGGCCAAACAAGUGUCCCAGCCACAAAGCAGGUGACCUGUGGGAGGGAGCGUUCUCUUUACUCCGUUGUACAUGAGCCGGUGACAGAAGGGUUCUGUGGGACGGGACAGAGGGGCUCUGUGCAGGGCCGCUGGGCGCUGGCAUCUCGCUCUGGCUUUUCUCUCUAGGCAGCCAGUCCUACAGGAAGUGAGGAUGGCGCCUUUCCCCGGGUGUCACCGUCGUUGCCCGAGGACCACAGCUUCCCACUCUGAGCCGGGUGGCAGCUGCAGGUGACGGAUGUGAAGGGACAGUUGUCUACCAGCCACUGGGCGGUGGGGGAGCCUCAGGGCAGAGCCCCGAGAGGAGGGCUGGGGAGAGCCGGCUACUGCCCCCCUGGAGGGGGCGUUUCCUCUUCACCCUUCACACUGGGAGGAGGGCAGGGAGGACCCUGGCCCUCGGGAGACCUUCUGGCCCCAGGAGCAGAAGGCUGUGGAUUCGGCAGCCCCGGCCGGGCAGACAAGGUGGAAGGCCGGGCCGGUGACCAGGCCAGCGGGCCGGUUCCAUCUCGCAGGCUGGUGAGGGCGGACCGGAGCCGUGAGCCCCAACAGCGGGGCCUUUCCCGAGACUGCAGACCAGUCCGCCUUGGCGGACGCCAGCUCUCCUCACUCAGACCAACUGCCUGGCAACAGAAGGGAUUUAGAAUAAGGGAAGCUCAUUCUCAAGCCAUGUGCCUCAGCAACAGAUUUUGUAUUUUCUUCCUCUUUUAAAAUGUGAUAAAGAAUUUGGUGUGUUCUGAUCUCCUCAAAGCAGCCCCGCGCUUCUGCACACGUGUUUUAAAGGCCAUGGAAGGUCAAGCAGUUUGACCAGGGAAUGCCCUCUGCUUCCCUCCCUCCGUUGGGACCAUGAACGCAAACAGCCCCCCUGGCAAAACGACCCCAGCUGCCGGGAAGGCUGCAGGUGUCAUCAGGGCCACGUCUCAGGACAGGGGAAGGAUGUUUGCCUUCAGGGCCAGCACGGCACAGGUGUCCUGAAUGCUACCCAAGCCAUAAAGUCAAAUACACUUAAUCCGCAUUUGGAUGGUCCUCUGUGUGUGCGAGAAGGGAAAUGAAAACAAAGUUGCGUGCUCUCCCCGAGGCACUUGAUCUGCCCUGGCCAGGCCCUUCGGUAGGGACAUCUCUGUGGUCCCGCUGGUCGUACAUAAAGGAUAAGCACUGUGUUUUGCAGUGGCUGGUGUUGUCAGUGAGGCCAGAGAGGAAAAGUAGGUCCCUGAAAUGGAAUCACUUUAUGGUGAAACUUUGAAGAGGUGUAGCGUGGUUGCAAAUGAACAGCAAAGGAGCGUAAUGGAAAAAUCUAUCCCGGUCCCACCAAUAAAUCCUCUCCCCUGCAGAUUCCUCAGAUGCCGCAGCCUGGCACCGCCUUUCCCUGCCCUGGCACGGGAGCCGCAGAAACCUGGUGGGGGUGGGACAGUCAUCAGCUUCAGCCCAGAGUCUCCCUGGUACAAAGGCAACGGCGCUUUCUCCCUCAAGCCUACCAAAGAGCUGAAGUCUGAUUUGUAAAUGGUCAUUUGGGAAGAAGAAAAGAUAGUUUUUUAGAGAAGAGAGGAGUAUCCAAUUUAGGGUCAAAAUACACUGAGAUUACCAGGUGAGGGCUGGGUGGUUCUUCCAGGGAAAGUUCUGUAAAUACCACCCAGGCCUCUGCACCACACCCCUGGGAGAGUCUACUCCCAGGCACAUGUUUCCACAUUCCAAGGCCAAAGGCUAGAGAUAUACUUUGUAAAACACCCAACAACGUAUUCAUCAAUAGUCCAGCCAUCACUGGCUUCAGUGAGUUAACUGAGGUUGAACAUGAACACAAUCGAGGGGGAAAAAAUCAAACACACAAAUAAACCAAAACAUUUUUAAAAGUGAUCUGGAGAUCCAAUCAGAGAGCUCCUAAAAUUUGCCCAUGAGAACUAUCAAGGGACGCCACAAAGAGGAGUCUCAGGAGCUUGUGGAACAUGGUGAGCCUUCAGGGGGACCGGGCACCUCUGGCCCUGGACGCUGGUCCCAGUUCUCCAGUCACCUCGCACCCCUGAUUUCUUUCGGGUGGUGCGUGAGCUCAU